CGGAGGCCUUUCUCGUCGAGUCCCGCCUCCCGCCACGGGCACCUCGACAAGCCAAAGUCCGGUGAAGAACUGCACAUAACAUUCAUCGACAAAGACAACCAAUCGCACACCUUCGAGGUCUCCGACGGCGACAACCUGCUCGACAUCGCCCAGGCCAACGACCUCGAGAUGGAGGGCGCAUGUGGCGGCUCGUGCGCAUGCUCGACCUGCCACGUUAUCGUCGAGGACGAAGCAAAGUACGAGGCCAUGGAGGAGCCCGACGACGACGAGAACGACAUGCUGGACCUGGCGUUCGGUUUGACAGAGACAUCACGACUGGGUUGUCAGGUGAAGAUGAGCAAGGAGUUGGACGGACUGGUGGUCAAGCUGCCGAGCAUGACGAGGAACCUGCAGGCUAGCGACUUC